AUGGCGGCGGGCGCGUCGGACCCACUGGACGAGAUGCUGCUCUUCUCCGAGGAGGUGGACGAGAAGGCGCUCAGCGACCUGGUGGGAUCCCUGGAAUCGCAGCUGGCCGGCAGCCGCGGCCCCGCUGAGCCGCCCCCGCCUAGGACCUCCGCCCCGUCCCAGCAGCCGCAGCCGCAGCAGGGGAGCCUGGCGGGGGGCAGCAGCCCCGGCCGGCAGCAGCACGGCCGCCCUGCGCCCCCUCCCGCGCCCGGGGCAGGGGAGGCGGCGGCGCGCCCCGGCAGCGCGGGGAGCCGAGCCCCCGCCCAGGGGCCUCUCCCGUCCCCGUCUCCCCCGGCGGCGGCGGCAGCGGCGGCGGGGAGGGGAGCGAGUGCCGUGUCGCCGCGGCCGGCGCUGGGCGCUGCCCCCCGGAUCGUAGCCCCGCAGCUGAUCGUGCGGCCGCCGCCGCAGGCCACCAUCCAGCUGCCCCCCGGCUUCACCAUCCCGCCCGGGAUGGUCCUGGUGCGCACGGACGCCGGACAGCUCGUGAUGGUGCCCCAGCAGGCUCUGGCACAGGCUCAGAUGCAGGCUCAGGUGCAGACACAGGGACAGGGUCCUGCCAGCAUGUCACCCAGGCUCUCUGUGCCCACCACUGGCCCUGUUUUUCGCCUGUCAACAGCUCAGCAGCCAACAUCCGUGGGCACCUCCAGUGUCCGCCUGGGGCUCCCGGUGCAGGCCAAGGUGGUGCCGUCCCCGGCUGCGCCCGCCAGCGCCGCAGCCACGCUGCCAGGAGGGGCUGUGCUGUCCCACACCACGGUAUCAGUAGCUACGACGAGCGCUCAGAAUUUGUUCAAGACAACAGUAGCAACUGGAACUUCAGCUUCUCAGCAGGCUGCAGUGAUCAGUGGUGGGCAGAGCCAGGGCUCAGCCCAGCCCCAGGGCCAGCCCCGGCUGCCGCUCCCUCCACACACGGCAGCGCAGGUGCCAGCACAGCCCCUGGUCAUCCCCAGCUCUCCUGUGCCUGGAACUACUGUGGUAUCACAGGAAAUGCAAGAGAAUGUGAAAAAAUGUAAAAACUUUUUAGCUACCCUUAUAAAACUUGCUUCUCAUAAUUCACCAUCUCCAGAAACGUCCCGCAAUGUGAAAGCUCUGGUUCAAGAUUUGUUGGAUGCGAAGAUUGAUCCAGAAGAAUUUACAGGCCGCCUUCAAACAGAACUGAAAUCAUCUCCUCAGCCAUAUCUUGUACCUUUCCUUAAGAAAAGUCUACCUGCACUGAGACAAUCUUUACUGAAUAGUCAACAUUUGGUUUUGCAAGGCCAGCCGUCUCAGCAGUCACUCCAGCAGAGCAAGCUCUCACAAGUUAUACCUCAAUCUGCCUCGGGAAGCAUCUCCUCUGUUGUCACGACGCAGACAAUAGGAAUAAGGCAACCAAACAACAUUUGCACAGUCUCUGUAUCAAAUACAGUGCAGCCUCCUCAGGUUAAGGUGGUACAGUCAAAUCAGAGUUCUCAACUGCAGAUUAUCCAGUCAACAUCUGCUCAAACUGUGAAACGAACCCCUGCUUGCCAGACUACCCAGAUUAGGAUGCCAGUGGUAAUAACUCAGACCAUUAGACCACAAGGCACAGUAGGGAAGGCACCAACAAUACAAGCCAGUAAAAGUCCUGGGGGCUUUGGUGUUCAGGUCUCUGCAAAUCAGAAAAACAAGCUGAAUGACCCUGGAGGUGGUUCUUUCAGAGAUGACGAUGACAUCAAUGAUGUUGCCUCUAUGGCUGGUGUUAAUCUUAAUGAAGAAAGUGCCCGAAUUAUGGCCACCAACUCUGACUUGGUUGGAACCCAGACCCAGUCCUGUAAAGAUGAACCCUUUCUUGCUGCUAUACCUCUCCACAAACGCAUACUUGAAACGGCUAAAAAACUAGGAAUUACUGAUGUGCCAGCUGAGGUGGUUACUUUUAUUUCCCAUGCUACACAGAACAGAUUAAGAGCAGUGCUAGAGAAAGUGACAGUGAUAACCCAGCACCGGAUGGAGUCGUACAAAGAUGAUGAAUGGUACGAACAAGCCACAGAUGUCCGAUCACAGCUCAAGUUCUUUGAACAGUUGGAGCGCUUGGAAAAGCAAAGGAAAGAUGAACAUGAGAGGGAAAUCUUGCUGAAGGCUGCCAAGAGUCGCUCAAGGCAAGAAGACCCAGAGCAAGCUAGACUGAAACAAAAAGCAAAGGAGAUGCAGCAGCAGGAGCUUGCCCAGAUGAGGCAGAGGGAUGCCAACCUGACAGCCCUGGCAGCCAUCGGUCCCCGCAAGAAACGGAGGCUGGAUGCACCUGGCCUGCUCAGCAUAGGAGGAGAGGGCUUGGGGCUGUGCGGGGGCAGCCAGGGGCUGGGCACAGCCUCCCCCAGGCAGUACCCCCGGCAGAAAAUAACACGAGUGAACCUCAGGGACUUCAUCUUCUACAUGGAACAGGAGCGAGAAAUGAGCCAUUCCCUCCUGCUCUACCGAGCUCUGCUUAAAUAAAGCCAACUGUUGUACUGAUUGCUCCACAGAAGCUCAACUUGCUUUGAAAGCUGUCAUUUUAAUGUGCCUUCUAUUUUUUUCAGAAGUCAAUGUUCCAGUAAUUUUGUUUUGUAAAAUUGUCAGACACAUGCAAUAAAUUCCCUUUAUGUAAAAAAUUAUAUAUAUAUAUAUAUAUAUA